AUGGAUUACGUCCAGCAGCGACUCUCUCAACUUGCCUCUAACCCAAGCACCUCUUCCAGCACAUUCUUUACUCCUCUCAACGGACUUCUUCUCGCCCUGCUUCUAUACACAUCUUACCUCUUCUUGAAGCCACGCCCAACCCCACAAUGGCCCAAAGCUCCUCCUGCAACUGUCUUUCGCACUUUCACCCCACGCACUCUAAUUGAGUACAAUGGCGAGGGCGAUAAGCCGGUGUAUCUGGCCAUCCGUGGCCGCGUUUUCGAUGUCACCCGUGGCAAGAAUUUUUAUGGCCCCGGCGGGCCCUAUUCGAACUUUGCGGGCCGUGAUGCAUCGAGGGGUCUUGCCUGUGGCAGCUUCGAUGAGUCGAUGUUGACUAAGGAUCUGGACGGCCCCCUUGAUACUCUUGAGGAUCUGGGCCCCGAAGAGCUUGAGACUCUGCGCGGCUGGGAAGAAAGGUUUGAGGAGAAGUAUUUGGUUGUUGGGAGGCUCGUGGCCUGCGGGGAGGAGAACAAGUAG